AUGUUCCAUGUCGUGGCUGCACAAGGUUACAACAUCAACCUACAUUGCCUACAGGUUACCAAACGGGAGUCCGACAACUUCUUCCAAUACGCGGGGCCGGUUCCAACUUGGUUCGUUGACCGAGGAUCAAUUUCGUUGCCUGGUCUUCAGCUGUGGCGUCUAGGCCCCGUGCUAAGCAAACCUUCGUAUGCGACUACUGGCCAUGAUUGGCCAGAACCCAACGAUCCAACUCCAUCAAGUGGUCGAGGAAUGCCAACGCGUCGACAUUUGGAAGCGUGGCUCGGCCCUCAUCCAGCGUCUAAAGCGUCUCAAGCAGCUUCUGCUGAGGAAGCCCUACUCACUACCUUCUCAUGGCGAAGGUGCUUUGCAUCAAGAAAUUUGAAGGGUGAUAUUUUCGGUGGUAAUAUUUUCUGUCCCGUUUGGGCGAUCGAUGUGCAAAUGGAUCAUCAGUUGGCUAAGUCAGACAACAUUCCUCCCCAUAUCUACGGUGAUUACUGUUUGACGGCAUCGGUACUAAUCACUGCUUUUGCGAGUGUGAGCUAA